AAGAUAAAAUUUCAACAUUAGUAUGUUUAAUUAUUGCUCGUUUAACAUUUUCCAUAAUUUAAUUGUUAAGUAGAAGAGAGUCAAAAAUUUGAUGAUGAAUGAUGAUACACUCUUGAAAACAAGUUCAAACUUAUGAAAAUUCAACUACAUUCAGAUUUCAAAUGCCAACACAAACAAUAAUCUAGCUAACAAACAUGUCUUCACUCUCCAAUAUUCCUCUUUUUCAUUCAAUUUCAAUCCUUUUUCCUUCUUCUUCUUUCAACCCUAAUUUCAAAUUCAAAACUUUUUCCCACCUCAACCAAGCUUCUUCACACAACCCAGUUACAAAUUCUUCAUCUUUAUCAAAAACCAAAACUUGGGUCAAUCCCAAUAGUUACAAAUCCAAACCCUCUAAUUCUAAGAACAGUUUUCUCCUUAAACUUGCAGAGUCAUUGGACUCAUGUGAUCCAACUCAACAACAAGUUUCUGCAAUUCUAAACGGUUUUGGAAACAAUGGCGUUACAGAACGAGAUGCAGUGUUCAUUCUUGAUAAGAUGAUGAACCCCAGAACUGCACCCUUUGUUCUUAGAUACCUUAGGGAUAGGAUUCAACAUGUUAGAGGUAAUGGGGUGGUUAUUUACAAUGUGACAUUGAAAGUGUUUAGGAAAUGUAAGGAUUUUGAAGGUGCACAGAAGGUGUUUGAUGAUAUGCUUCAAAGAGGGGUAAAACCUGAUAAUAUUACAUUUACUACUAUGAUUAAUUGUGCUAGGAUGUCUGCUUUGUCGAAUAAGGCUGUUGAGUGGUUUGAGAAGAUGCCGGGUUUUGGGUGUGAACCUGAUGCAAUCACAUGCUCGGCUAUGGUGUGUGCUUAUGCGCGUACGAAUCAUGUUGAUAUGGCUCAGCGUUUAUAUGAUCGUGCAAAAACGGAGAUAUGGCCUAUUGAUGUAGUGACAUUCUCAGCGUUGAUUAAGAUGUAUGACUUGGUCGGAAACUAUGAUGGAUGCUUGAAUAUGUACUUAGAAAUGAUGGGUCUUGGUGUGAAGCCUAAUUUGAUAACGUAUAAUAUUUUGUUGGCUGCUAUAAUGAGAGGCAAGAGGCAUUGGCAAGCCAAGACUAUAUAUCAAGAGAUGAAAAGUAGUGGGGUUUCGCCGGAUUUUAUAACUUAUUCAACUCUUUUGCGAGUAUAUACUAGAGCACAAUUAGGUGAAGAUGCUCUUGGUGUUUAUAAGGAAAUGAAGGGGAAAGGAAUGGAAGUGGGUAUAGAUCUCUAUAAUGUGCUUUUAGCUAUGUGUGCUGAUGUUGGCUUUAAUGACGAAGCUCUGGAGAUUUUUGAAGACAUGAAAAGUUCUGGGACUUGCCAGCCUGACAGUUGGUCUUUUUCAGCCUUGAUUAAUAUAUAUUCCAACUCUGGGAAAGUUUCUGAAGCGGAAGGGAUAUUGGAUGAAAUGAUCAAAUCUGGAUUUGAACCUAAUAUUUUUCAUAUGGCAUCACUUGUUCAGUGCUAUGGAAAAGCUAAGCGAAUUGAUGAUAUCGUGAAGGUAUUUAAUCGAUUCCCGAAUUUUGGCAUCAUUCCAGAUGAUCGCUUCUGCGGUUGUUUGGUGAAUGUUAUGACACAAACACCAAAGGAAGAGCUCAGCAAACUAAUAGAUUGUCUUGAGAAGGCGAACACAAAGCUUGGGGCUGUGGUAAGAUAUUUGGUGGAAGAGCAGCAUGGUGAUAGAGAUUUCAAAAAAGAAGCAUCAAAACUUUUAAAUUCAAUUGAUGCUGAAGCAAAAAGGCCCAUGUGUAAUUGUCUGAUUGAUCUUUGUGUCAAUCUGAAUCUACCUGACAGAGCACAUGACCUUCUCGACAUAGGCUUGGCACUCGAAAUAUAUAAGAAUAUCCAAUCAAGAUCUCAAUCACAGUGGUCUUUGCACCUAAAGAAUCUAUCGAUUGGAGCUGCUAUGACUGCAUUACAUGUUUGGAUAAAUGACUUAUCUAAGGCUUUGGAAUCAGGGAAGAAGUUUCCACCACUACUUGGAAUUAAUACUGGUCGAGGAAAACUCAAGAAUUCACGCAAAGGUAUAGCUAGUGUAUUUGAAUCACAUUUGAAGGAACUCAAUGCUCCGUUCCCUGAAAUUCCAAAUGAAGAUGGCUGGUUUUUGGUUACAAGGAAAGCAGCCAGACCAUGGCUGGAGUCGAGGAAUUCAACCAAAUCCGCUGCUGCUUUGGACUUGUUGGUUGAAAGGGCUCCAUCAAUGGCCCUUCCCUAUUGAAAAUGUGGUACAGAAUGAUGUGUUGUCUUGCACAGUUUUGUUGAAGGUGUUCUUACACAGUUUUGUUGAGUUCUGAUUCUAAAUCCGAAAUUUUGCUCCAUUAGAGGAAGGAAGGAAGAGGACCUUGAGAAGAUUAAUAACUUGUGAGGUUUCCAUAUGUGAGCUUCAUUUCAAAAAUUCCUUCAGUACCAAGAUAACCUUCAAUGUCUGACUUAGAUUUAUUUGUUGUUGUAUUAUAUUUAUGCAAUUUUAAGAAUUACUUUAUUUUCCUUCCUUCUCUUACAAAUACUUGAAAUCUUUGAUACCUAUAGUUUGUUGGAAGCAGAAUUGAAUGCAUUUGGUAGUUGUUGUAAGACUUCAGGGUUGAAGGAGCAACAAGUAUAUGAGUAUAUCAAAAUGUUUUCCAAAGUUAUGGACACAA